AUGGAUGCGCAACUGGAGUGGGCUAGCAGCCUCGUCCCGAAAAGACAGUUCCAACAGCAGCAGCAGCAGCAGCAGCAGAGCAACAACCAGCAAGACCUUCAGAAGGACCAACUGAUGACCGUAGGCAUGCGGAUCAGACAGCGCGUCGACCAGGGCUAUGCCUCCAGCACGCCGGGCACCUCGCAGGCGUCGCUGCAGCCCGCGGUCAUCAGGGACUACUCCAGUGUUAUUGUUCCGCAGUUUACCAGGUCGCCGCUGCCCUCCGCGCACUCGCUGCCCCCCAUGCUGAUCAACCAGAGAACCAUGUCCACCGAGGCGUCCUCGCUCGAGAAGUGGGACGUCCCGGAGCCUGCCGCGGAGAACGAAACAAUGGUCAACGGGUCCAAGAG